GGGACCAGAUUCCCCAGAUGCUGGUGGCAGCAUCCAUAGGUUCAGUUGGAAGCAUCUGGUGGCCACAGGUUGGCAUUGAAGAUGUCCGGGACAGCACGCCAUGACCGAGACAUGGCAAUCCGGUCCAAGAAAAAGCUCACCACAGCCACGGAUCCUAUUGAAAGACUGCGAUCGCAGUGCCUGGCCAGGGGCUCUGCAGGUAUCAAAGGACUUGGCAGAGUGUUUCGAAUUAUGGAUGACAAUAACAACCGAGCACUUGAUUUCAAAGAAUUUUUGAAAGGGUUAAAUGAUUAUGCUGUAGUCAUGGAAAAGGAAGAGGCAGAAGAACUUUUCCGGAGGUUUGAUAAAGAUGGAAGUGGAACAAUAGACUUCAAUGAAUUCCUUCUCACACUAAGACCUCCAAUGUCCAGAGCCAGGAAAGAGGUAAUUAUGAAAGCUUUCAGAAAGCUAGACAAAACCGGAGAUGGUGUUAUAACAAUUGAAGACCUUCGUGGGGUAUAUAAUGUAAAACAUCAUCCAAAGUACCAAAAUGGAGAAUGGACAGAAGAACAAGUCUUCAGAAAAUUUCUGGAUAACUUUGAUUCACCUUAUGAUAAAGAUGGAUUGGUGACCCCUGAGGAGUUCACAAACUACUCUGCAGGUGUGAGUGCAUCCGUGAGGUACACAGAUGUGUACUUCAUCAUCAUGAUGACAACUUCCUGGAAGCUGUAAGUCCAAGACCCUGGAGCCUGGUCAUGACCACAUG